UCCCAAUCCCAAUCCCAAUCCCUAAAUCAAAAAAAAAAUGUGGAAACACUCGCCUCCAAAAUGUAGUGAGGCGGAGGCGGAGAGAUUGUGCAUGGACGAGAUGCUGAAAAAGUAUUGCGGCGAAUUCGGGUGGUGGCAGCUGCGGCACUUUGUGCUGACGAGCAUGGCGUGGGCGUUGGAGGCGUUCCACACGAUGGUGGUGAUAUUCGCCGACCGCGAGCCGGCGUGGCGGUGCGUGAGCGGCGGGUGCGCAGAGGCGGCGAGCAUUUGUGGGAUGGAGGAUGGCACGUGGGAAUGGGUGGAGGGGCCGGGUAGCUCCACGGUCGCCGAGUUCGGCUUAGUUUGCGGCGACAAGUAUAAAGUGGGGUUGGUUCAAGCCUUGUUUUUCGCCGGCUGCAUGAUCGGUGCUGGAAUAUUCGGGCAUCUCUCCGACUCAAAGCUAGGAAGGAAAGGUUCCUUAGUAGUUGUUUGCAUACUGAAUGCCAUUUUCGGUUGCUUGACCGCCCUCUCCCCUACCUACCCUGUCUACGUGGCCUUUCGCCUCCUCACCGGCGUCAGCACCGGCGGGGUCGGCCUCUGCGCCUUUGUCCUUGCCACCGAGCCCGUGGGCGCCACCAAGCGGGGCGCGGCUGGCAUGUCCACCUUCUACUUCUUCUCGGGCGGGAUCGCCGCCCUCUCCGGCAUCGCCUACGCCUUCCGCUCGUGGCGGGCCCUCUACAUCGCCACCUCCAUCCCCUCCAUCCUCUUCCUCGUCUUCGUCCUCCCCUUCGUCUCCGAGUCCCCCCGCUGGCACCUCAUCCGCGGCGAGGUGGGCCCCGCCAUGCAAACCAUGCACGCCAUCGCCCGGUCUAACGACGGGGACCUCCCGACCACCGCCCUCCUCGCCCUGGACGAGGAGGUCAGUGGCCAUUCACCCCGGAGCACGUCUGCUAAGAGGGAGGCUGUCAAUGGAUCACUAGUGGACGUGCUCCGUUGCCCCUUGACCCGCGCCCGCCUCUUCCUGGCGGUCGCGGUCAACUUCUUCUGCUCGGUCGUCUACUACGGGCUGAGCUUGAACGUGGUGAACCUCGGCACCAAUCUCUACCUCAACGUGUUCCUCAACGCGGUGGCGGAGAUGCCCGCGUUCUUCCUCACAGCGGUGUUACUUGACAGAUUCGGUCGGAAACCGCUGAGCAUCGGAACGCAGUGGUUUAGCGGAGCAUUCUGCCUCUUAGGAGGGAUGAUAAAGGGCUAUGGGGUGUGGAAAAUGGUUAGGAUGGUCUGUGGGAUUCUUGGGAUAUUUGGGAUGGCGGGGACGUAUAAUUUGUUGUUUAUCUACACGGUGGAGCUGUUUCCAACUGUUGUGAGGAAUGCGGCGUUAGGGUGUGCGACGCAGGCUGCGCAGAUGGGUGCGAUACUAGCGCCGUUUGUAGUGGUGAUGGGGGAGAGGGUGCCGUUCCUGGUGUUCGGAGCGUGUGGGGUGGCCGGAGGGAUGCUUGCAUUUUUGCUGCCGGAGACAUUGAACCAGCCAUUGUAUGAUACUAUGGCCGGGAUGGAAGAGGGAGAAGGAGGCAGAGCUUUGUUGAGUUAAAGAGUUUAAUUAUAGUACUACUAGCAAAGACUGUGUAUGUUCGACUUGAUUAUAUCUUGAAGUAUUCUCUUGAGAUUUUGUUGAAAAGAAUGUGAAUUCGUUAUUUUGCACUAGUGGAUCAACUACA